AUGGGGUUUAUGGGCUUUGGUGAUAGGUGGAGGUCUUGGAUUCAUGGUUUACUAAAAAAUGCUAGAUCUUCUAUUCUUGUUAAUGGCAACCCAACUGAAGAGUUUCAACUUUUUAGAGGUUUACGUCAAGCCAUAGAGGAUGCGGUUGCUUCUGGGAAUUUUCGUGGAGUUAAGGUUAAAGAGGCUAAUUUAGAGAAUGUCGAUGAUGCUUUUUUGUUGGGUGUUGGGGUUAAUCAGUCAGAAUUUACUUCUCUUGCUUCUAUUAGUGGAUGUGCUGGAGCUAUUUUUCCUUUUUCUUACCUUGGAAUUCCGGUGGGUGGGUCUAUGAGUCAUGAAGACCAAAGAUGUAUUCAUUGGGUCAAAUGGGAUAUUAUCCUUAAGUCUAGGGAUAAAGGUGGAUUAGAGGUUGGUAGUUUGGAUGCGUUUAACCGGGAUCUCCUUUUUAAAUGGAAGUGGCGGUUUCUUCAUGAUCAUUCGACUUUAUGGUUGAGGCUCAUUAAAGGGUUACAUGGUGAUUUUGGGGAUUUGGCUAAUAAUUUCGGCCUUCUGGAGGUGAUGGAUGGGUUGGCCUCGGAUUUCUGGAAUUAUUGUGGGUGGAACUUCUCUUGGAGGUGUGGCAUUAGAGGAGGAGUUGAAGCUAAGAAAUUAGAGAGUUUUAUGCAGAUUUUGACUCUUACUCAGUUGACUUCCAUUCCCGACAGGUGGUCCUGGAGUCUUGAUCCAAGUGGGGUGUUUUUGGUUAGUUCCACUAGAAGAUUGAGGUUAAAUAGAAUCCCUAUUUGUUUGGUUUUAGUGGAUAGAGGUGUUGAGUUGGAGUCUAUUCUAUGCCCAGUUUGUCAGUCUGUUAAAGAAAGUGUUUCGCAUAUUUUUCUUCCAGUGUGA